AUGAACUCUGUAAUUCCAAGUGAUCAAGUAGAUUUUUUAAUUGAUGAGCUUACUGAAGCAAAAGAAAGAGAAGAAUUCAACUCUAUUUCGAGCAAGUUUAAUGAAAUUUUUAUAUCGAGAUAUAAAGCAAAAUAUCCUUAUCCUUCAGGGAGGUUUCCAUUUGGAAGUGCGGGGCCAGCACCUGCUAUGGAUAAUUAUAAUAAAGUCCUUCCACCUCCACCUCCUCCAGCUCAAUACAAUAUUCCAAGGUCGAUGUCUCCAAUGCGUUCUCAAUUUUCACACUCCCCCUCUGUGAGUAAACAAAACCAUUGGAAAAUCCCUUUUUUUUUGGUAAAAACCAACCAUUCGUAAGCAACAAAAAAACUUUUAUAUGUGUUUGAUAAUAGCAUAGCUAUCAUGCAAUCUGUUGUAUUUUAAAGCAUAAAUUUUACAAAUUAAAAAUUUUUGCUGAUCUUACAAAUUGAUAUCUUUUUAAAAUUUCGAAUUAAAAAAAAAUUUAGCAAACAAGUUUUUUUGUUCGCUCACAGAGGGGAAGGCAGCCUUACGCAGAUCCAUAUGCUAAUCAAAUUCAAAAUCCACCUAUAAGGCAAUCUUAUGCAGAUCCCUAUCUUGCUCAAGCGCAAAAUCUUCCUAUGAGACAGUCUUAUUCAGAUUCUUAUGCUUUUCAGUCACAAGGCCUCCCUCUACGACAACAAUCCCAAUCUAUCUACGGUUAUCAGGCAGCUAUGAAUGAAAAAAUUCAGUCAUAUUACCAAGAUAGAAAUUCUCAAUUUUAUGAAAGUUAUAACCCAUAUAACAAUCCUCCUAUGGAUUUUGGCAUGAGAAAUCAACAAAUUUCAACACCUCAGCCAAUAUAUGACUAUUCUCCAAAUAUAACUAAAGAAAUGCACCCAAAAGCGAUUGAUCCAAACUAUAAAUCUAAUCAACGGAAAGUCGAUCCACUGGAUUUUUCAAGCUGGACAAGUAUUCGUAGACAAAAAGAAGCAGAAUUAGCUAGUUUCCAUAAAUAA